CAAAGAUAACCUUUUUUUUCAGGAAACAAACGCUUACUCUGUUUUCCCCAUCAAUAAAAUAACACAUUGUUUACAGUAGUUUUCUGCCUUUCCCAGUUGCGUGUCACCACACCCAAACCCGGACAAAGAUCUCAUUGCUUUCUCACUCAUGACAGUUGUCCCUAAUUAAACAAAUUAUUAAUUCCUUCUCUAGAAUUUUUUUUUUUUUUUCUUUUGAGAGUAUAAGUUAUUAUUAUCUUGCUAAGCCACACUUACUCUGUUCCGGUAGCUUAGCUUUAGCUUGGUGGGUUCCUGGUUCCAUGGAGUUCUUCACUAGAUUCCACUACUUGGUUUCAAUUUUUCUUCUAUUUUCAGGGGAUAUGUUUCCAAUUAUGGUAUACUCAAUUGGGAUUAACUACGGCCAGAUAGCCAACAAUUUGCCGCCACCGGAGAACGUAGUGCCGCUGGUUAAGUCAAUCGGCGCCACAAAAGUGAAGCUCUAUGACGCAGAUCCGCGGGUUCUUAAAGCAUUUGCUAACACCGGAGUGGAAUUCAUAGUGGCUUUGGGCAAUCAAUACCUGGACAAGAUGCAAGAUCCGAGCAAAGCCCAAGCUUGGGUGAAACAGAACGUGCAGGCGUACUUACCGGCGACCAAGAUCACUUGUAUCACGGUGGGUAACGAGGUACUAACCUUCAAUGACACCUCCCUCAGCGACAACCUCCUUCCCGCAAUGCAGAGCAUCCACACGGCGCUGGUGAAUCUCGGCCUCGAUAAGCAAGUCACCGUCACGACGGCUCACUCGCUAGCCGUUCUCGGAACAUCCUACCCGCCGUCCUCCGGAGUUUUUAGGAAAGAUCUAGUGGGGUGCAUUACCCCAACGUUGGACUUCCACGUCAAAACGGGCUCGCCGUUCCUGAUCAAUGCGUACCCAUACUUUGCGUACAAGGGAAAUCCAAAGCAGGUAGCCCUGGAUUUCGUCCUCUUCCAACCGAACCAAGGAGUCGUCGAUCCGGUGACCAAUUUGCGGUACGACAACAUGCUACACGCCCAAAUCGACGCCGUUUACUCUGCUCUGUCUUCGCUGGGUUACAAAAACCUCACGGUCCACAUAUCGGAGACUGGAUGGCCGUCGAAGGGAGACCCAGAUGAAUCCGGUGCGACGCUGGAAAAUGCCAAGAAAUACAACGGGAAUUUGAUGAAAUUGAUGUCGAACAAAACGGGAACUCCAAUGAAACCCAAUUUGGAUCUGAACAUCUAUGUUUUCGCACUGUUUAACGAAAACAUGAAGCCGGGACCUACUUCGGAGAGGAAUUACGGGUUGUUUAAGCCAGACGGAACACCAGCAUACAACCUCGGGAUUAGCACGGCCAGUGUCCUCGGGAGCAACACCACCGUCGGUUCGAGCAGCGGAAAUUCCGAAACCCCACCGUCCUCCCAAUCAGGGUCUUCCACUGCGGGCUAUUUGUCUAUCUCUGCUGCAGCGGUAAGUUUUGGAUAAUUUAGUUUAUUAUUAAUAUUAGUACUAUUUAACUAGAGU